AUGUUGUCCAUUUUGAGAAAAGCCCGGCUGAAGGAUAAGGAGAUGCGAAUCCUGAUGCUAGGUCUGGACAAUGCCGGGAAGACCACCAUCGUCAAGCAGAUUAUGAAUGAAGAUGUCACCACUGUCAGUCCGACAUUGGGUUUUAUCAUCAAGACGAUAGAUUUUCAAGGAUAUAGACUCAACAUAUGGGACGUUGGAGGCCAAAAGACCCUCCGAUCUUAUUGGAAAAAUUACUUUGAGAAGACCGAUACAUUAAUUUGGGUUGUUGAUGCGACCGACCGUCUUAGAGUGGAUGAUUGUAGAGAUGAGCUCGCCGGGCUCCUUUUGGAAGAGCGUUUGAUGGGAGCAAGUCUCUUGAUUUUCUUGAAUAAGAGCGAAGUUGAGGGAUGUAUGGAUGAGAGUGAGGUUCGACAACGGCUUGGCUUGGAUUCUAUCAAAACACAUAAAUGGACGAUAUUACCCUGCAGUGCGAUGACAGGGAAGAAUCUGCAUGAAGGGCUAGAAUGGGUUGUCCAAGACGCCAAAGAUAGACUUUUCCUGUACUAA